CAAAGAAAGCCUGGGAAACCGCCAUGGACGGCGCCUUCUCCUCCCACGAGGAAGCGCACCAAGACAUCAUCCUCGACUGGGCCUUCUCACCGCCGCCGCCACACUAUCCCUUCGACCUCCUCGAACCCAUCCCUGUUCCAUCGAUGCCUGCGAAGCGCCCGCCGCCGUCAGCCUUCGUCGAGUACACAGCGUCGGAAGGCACCGCUCCCUCCUUCCGGUGCUUCGGAGACGUCGACAACAUCCACCGGAGAGUGAACCGAUUUCUGGGAUCCAUGGAGAUGGCCGCCAGGCCGGGGAACUCCGACGAGAGGGCGGGAAGGAGCCGGGGGUUUCGACACAUGAUGAGGGAGAGGGAGAGAAGGGAGAAGCUGAGCCAGGGCUACGCUGAGCUCCAUUCCAUGCUCUCGUGCACGUCAAAGGGGGACAAGAUUUAUAUAGUACAAUCGGCGGUGGAGCGGCUGAAGGAGUUGCAGCAGGCAAGGGAGAAGCUACGGAAGCUCGGCAGAGACCUUGAGCUGAUGGUAUCCGGAAAUGACACGGAAGCGGAGGUCUCGUCGAUCAAAGUGGACGUCAAGAACUGUUCGUCAUCGAUGGGUUCUAUGAUCUCUGUGCUCCGGCGUUUGAAGCACAUGGAGUUGAAGGCCACCGCCAUCCGGUCCACCUUCUCCAACCGGGAUUUAUCUGUGGAAGUGGCCAUUGAUUCAAAGGUGGCAAAAGACAAGGUGGAAAGAGUCAUGAAGACUGCUUUAGCAGAAGAAAGACACUGGUGCCUAACUUGUUCUGUGCAGAAUGCAUCAUGAUUCUUGACCUAUUUGAUUAUAAUUCUUGCUGGUAUCCUUUUUCUUGUUCUUGUAAGAGUUGAGGACAAUGACACUUAUGGAUCUCGUUUAGAAAUUAUUCUUUUGCAAAUGGUGGGUUUUCUGAUCUGAAGAACUUUAACGUUCCGAUCUAAUGAAGCAACUCUCAUUUUUAGCGUAUGAUAGAAUUUUCUGGCAUCAGCAUCCAUAGGCUAUGGGAUGAACUGCAAUGGACUCCAAGGUGAUGCAGGUGAUAUGCCCUUAAACUUGCAACAACGUCAGGAUAAGAUUGAUAGCUGCAAUCUUUGACUUUUGAUCGGCUUAUGGGCCCCUCUACGUUGUUCCUUAAAUGAGAAAAGUACCUCUUCGUUCAGAUAAGGAUGUCAGCAGGAAUCAAUGGAUUCUGUCUCAUAUAAAAAGACGAGAUCUUGCAGUGGAUCAGUAAAACAAUCUCUCUAUUUAUCUGUUCAAUUCAUGGAUCAGCGGUAUGAUUAUUAGGUUAAAAAAGGAAUUAUCGGAAUUUUACUUAAAUACAUUAACAUGAUUGUAUUAAUUAUCUUCUUAGUGGAACUUCAAUUUUUUUUAAUCUCAGAUUUAUCAGAUUGUUUUUUUAACUCACUUUUUUUACUUCAAAAAACAUCUUAAAGAAUUAUACCCAAAUGGCAGACAUGUGAAUGUAGCAAGAGUAUCUACAUUCACCAAGGAAGCACAGUCUAUCAAACGUGGGCUCCACAAGUUGUGUCCAAUUGCUGCACGAGUACACGAGAGGGUGUGGCUUU